GAGCAGCAGCACGCAGUCCGGCGAGUACCGCGCGGCGCUGUAGAUUCGAUUUUCGACUGGUGAUCGCGACGGACACGCUUUAAUAUAAUAAUAAUAACAUACAAUAUAAUAUUAUUAUUCAUCAGUGGUGUAUCUUUUCAUUAUAYCUUUUUCUCCAUCGAUCUGUUUUCACUCUUGUUUUAUUUUCGUUCGUUUUUUUACUUUUUUUUUAUUAUUAUCAUAUACCUUAUACUCGAUUCGCUAUUUUUCUCAACGUACAAUAUUAUAUAUAGUAAAUAAUAAUUAAUGUUAUACAAUAUCAUCGUCAUUGGAUUGUUAUACGUCCAUCGUGGCUUUUGCGAUUUUAUUUACGCGCAUUGUGUCAAUAUUGUAAUAAUYAAAAUAAUAAUUAACUUCGUUCGUUUGUAUAACCGACAUAUUUCAUCCGAGUGUAUAUUGUACGCAUAUACAACCAUCGUAAAUCGGAAUAUUUCAAUAUAAUAUACAGCUGAUAUUAUUAUAUAAUAUAUAUAUAUAAUAUUAUUAUUGUGUCACGGCGUUCCGCRGCGGGCAUGGAUUUCAAGAGUUUAACCAUUAGAAAAGCUCCACAUACGUUGCAGUAGAUAGGUCAAGCGAUGGGCCUCGAUGGGGCCAAGGCGUUAAUGGUUUUUAUUCUUUACGCAUUGAGGUUUCAACAAAAGGCUCAAGCGGACAUCAAAGUGGGCAACGCGAUAAACGUGUUCAAUCGUUAUGGAUACUUUAGCAUAAGUAUGAGAGUAGUCCCCAGAAAUGACACCGAUCAUUCGUGGAUAUUCAGAGAACCCACAGUCGACGUGUUUACGAAUCUGCCKGAAAAACAAAGCCUCAAAAGAAGCAUUGGAAGUGGUGGAGGUCAAGUCUUCCAAGGGGACUUCCACAUGGAAUUUUGUGAUAACGUAAAACAAUUAUUACAAGCUUACUUCAGAGAUUUUUCCGUAGAGAGGCUGGACAAGCCGUGGCAGGCGUUUACGGGAAGUUGGUCGAAAUUCACGUUGGCCAGAAAUUUAGGUUUAGACGUGUCUUAUGUAACCGGCGAUCAUUGUUAUGUUCUCGUCAGGGUGGCUAGGCAUAGGGAGACUGCCGAUUUAGAAAUGGAUAUGGAGAGCACCGACCUUCACGAGCCAGUGGCCAAACAGGUGGCCUCUGUUAAUGUCGGCGAUAGUUUGUCGGUCAUUGAAUUCGUCAGGAGUUUUGGAUCUCAUUACGUGACGUCAUAUGUCACGGGCAAUUCUCUCUAUCAGGUGUAUGUAUACGCUCCAAAUGCUUACAAAGUAAUCAAAGAACGUUUAAAAACAAAAGGUGUGUCACAGAUCUCUAAUCAAGAGUUGAUUGGAUACUUCUCACCGUGGUAUGCAGAGCAUGUGGGUAAAAUACAAUCAGCUAGUGGUAAUGCAACUGUUGAAAAUUGGGCGCACCAAAGACUAAGAGUGAAAUUUUUUGUCUUUGGGUUUGCCUCCUUGCUGAAAUUGCACGGAGACACGAAACUGUUAAGCGAACUGAAUGGAAUGUUAGGCAAUGAAGCAUUACUCAAGCUCGACUUAAAAACCUUGGCGCCGGCUUUUAAGGACAUUCAAAAACGAGCUUGGUUCCACGAAGUAAUGGAUAAUAAUUUAAAACUAUGGGAAGUUAAUAUGUAAUAAAAAUAAUUCCUAUAAAACACAA